CAGAGGUCGCGAGGUCGGUUUAGCUCAGCUGACCAACCUCUUGUGCAUAUUCCGGGUUAGAACGUGUAUGUUUCGAGCGGUGGAAAUAAAGCUGAUUUUUCACCUUCCUACGACACUGACAACCAACUAAAUAUAACAGAAUCUGUCUCUCACAAUAUCUGAAAUAUGGCAGACACAGAGCAAAGACCUCCUCCCCCUCAAACAGGGCCUAUGCAAUUCUUGUUGAGUAACAAGCUGGAAACGGCUAUGUGGCUGUCAAGACUCUUUACCGUCUACUGUUCCGCCAUGUUCAUUCUUCCCUUGCUUGGUCCUCAGGCUGCUGCUAAUUUCUAUCAGCGGGCAUUGCUGGCAAACGCACUGACCAGUGCUCUGCGUCUGCACCAGAGACUUCCUCACUUUCAGCUGAGCAGAGCCUUCCUGGCCCAGGCCUUACAGGAGGACAGCUGCCACUAUCUCCUUUACUCUCUCAUCUUUGUCAACUCCUACCCUAUCACAAUGAGCAUAUUUCCUGUGUUCCUCUUCUCACUUCUCCAUGCCACCACCUACACCAAAAAAGUUCUCGAUACUAUGGGACCCAACAGCAUUAUGUUUGUAAGGAACUUUCUGAACAAGCUCUCAGCCAAUCAGCAAAACAUUCUCAAGUUUAUUGCAUGCAAUGAGAUUUUCUUGAUGCCUGCUACAGUCUUCAUGCUUUUCAGUGGCCAAGGCAGCUUGCUUCAGCCCUUCAUCUAUUAUCGAUUUCUCACUCUGCGUUAUACCUCAAGACGCAAUCCAUAUUGCCGGACUCUUUUCACUGAGCUGAGGAUUUUGUUGGAGCACUUUGUGAUGAAGCCUAGUUGCCCUGCCUUCUUCAGAAAGAUGUGCCUAAACAGCAUUGCCUUCAUUAGCCGCCUUGCCCCCACUGGGGUCUAACUACUUUCUCUGAAUUUCCACACUCAUAUGCACUACACAUGCUUCAGCACACAUACACAAGUCCUAGAACAGUUCAGAGUUGGAACCAUUUUAAGAUGGACGUCAUGAUGAUUGCUCCGAAAUGGAUGUCCUCCUCUGCACUGAAGGCGUUUGCUAUGUUGGGAGAGACUAUCAAUCUCAGACUGCAUCCAAAAAACAAACCCGCCAGAAGAUGCAUCUCUAUGCGCACUUGUCUGUAUGGAUGGUAAUUGUUUUACUGGUUCAUUUGAGCAUUUAUAUUGAUACUUAUUCUCUGGGGAUGGGCCCUUGGGAUAUCUUAACUGUUAGGGAAAAUAGAUGAUUUUUAAUAGUUUCUUUCUAAUGAGAUUUCAGUUGUCAUUUAUACGUGUCUGUCCUUCACUUUGAUUACAUUUUUAUAUGUUCUUGCUGAGCAUUGUUAUUUUAUGUCUUGUACUGGAUUACCUCAAAAGUAACUUGCCCCCAAACUUUUUCUUUUUUAAGUAGUUGACAAAUGACCGGAAUGUGAAUGAAUUGAAGUUUUAGGUUCCAGUUCAACUGCUGAUUUAUGUGAACAUGCUGAUGAUAUGAGAAUUAUUGUUGCAAAUCCUGUGAUCCUUCAUCUCUUGCAUCAGUUCUUAUGUUAUGUUCAAUGCUGUUUAUUUACAUUGCCAAGUUGUAAAAAUUUGAAACUUUUUCAACUAUUUGCUUGUUCAAGGCAUGUUGUCACUAUUUAUUGCCUCUUGUUUAUAACCAGGCUCUAUGUAGAUUAAUAAAAUCUAAGAUUAACUUAA